AUGGCGAGUUAUUUUGAUAUGAACGAAUUCAGCGUAGAACAACUUAUGGCUCUCAAUAGUAUCAUAGAUAGUGAUGAGGAUAUGGAAGCAAGAGUAGAAGACAUCUUGGCUGACAGAAACUACAGGAUUGCACCUGAUGAUAAGGGCAAAAGUCCCUUUGAAGGAGAAAGACAAUUCGUAGAUGAAGUUGACCGUGAUAUGGAGGUAAAGAAACCUAGACGCAUUCCUUUGAACUAUAAGGGAAGAAGAGGAAUUAUGCCCACAUGGAAAUACUCUGACAGGCAAAAGGCAAAGGCCUUACUUGUAGAGGAGGCAUACCAGAAUCUACUAGCAAGAGGCGUUCAGGGAUUACCACCAACGAUGGGAGGUAGAUGGCGCACGGAUGAUCCUCAAGUAAACGAGGAAAUCAAGAGGAUUGAAAAUGGAAGGAAUCCUAAGAUAAAGCGUCCCAGAGGUAGACCACCAAAGGCAAAGUCUGAUGCCGAAGUGAAGAUUCCCAAAAAGAGAGGUAGACCACCAAAGGCAAAGUCUGAUGCCGAAGUGAAGAUUCCCAAAAAGAGAGGAAGACCUCCAAAGGCUAAGUCUAAUGUUAAGGUUAGGAAGCAAACCGUAGCUGAAAGAUUCCUGAGUCAAAGAAAGGUAAAACUGCAGGUACCAGCUAAUAGUGUUAUAACACCAACAGGUCCUGGUAAGUUUACGAUUCACGUGGAUCUCAAUAAGAAACCAGUAAGGAAAGCUCCCGAGGUACCUAAGGGUGUAGCUUCAUGGAAACCUGUACCUAAGCCCAGAACGGUACUUCCUAAGGAAAGACCUAUACCUAAGCCUAGAACGCUAAUUCCUAGGGAAAGACCUGUACCUAAGCCUAGAACGGUAAAACCAAGAACUGUAGAAGUAGUGUCUCCCCCAAAGGUACGUAAGCCUGUAAAGGUGUCAAGGGAAGUUAAGGAGCAACCUGCAGUGGUUACACAAGAGGAACAGGAAAUAGAUCCAUUCGGAACAUACCUCGAAAAGCCAUUCCACAGGAAAAUUGAAACAGCCGCAAAUGGAGCCGCCGUGACUUACUCGAUAACUCCUCACUAUAUGGACCCUCUGAACCAGAUGACUGCAAGUAGACAGGUAGUGAGAGGAAUACUCGUGAACGAGUUGAAGAGAAUGGGUGGGUUGAAGUACACAGAGACUCUGAAGGUGAGAAUGUCAAAGGAAAUUGGUGACGGGAAAACCAAGAAGGACUCAGUCUACUUCAAAUCUAAGACUGGUACUGCAACUAACUUCGAGGAUAUUGAAAGUACUGCUGCUCAAAACCAACUGACAAUAUCGUCUAGAAUUGAAACCUUCCAAAACUUAGGUUCAAAUUGGAUUAUACUCAAUAUUGAGAGUCAUUACGUAAACAUUGCAAUGUACAAACCGUUAAAGGGUAGUUCAUAUAUGAAACUUCCAGGGGACAUUAGUAAUCCAAAGUGUGGGCUCAUCAAUAUGAAAAACAAUGACAACCUGUGUUUUGUGUGGAGUCAUGUAAGACAUCUGAGACCAAAAGCCAGGAGAGCAACCACUAUCACACAGAAAGAUAGGGAAUUCAUAACAAACCUGGAUUACAAGGGUAUAGACUUCCCUGUGAAGAUAAGUGACAUCGAUAAGAUUGAGAGGAAAAACAGUAUCAACAUAUCUGUGUUUGGUUACAAGGGUAAAAAGCAGUUCUACCCUAUAAGGAACUCCAAGGCUAAAUAUGAUGAGCAUAUGGAGCUUCUACUCCUAGGUGAUGGUAAAGGUAACAACCAUUAUGUGCUCAUAAAGGAUGUAAACAGGAUGCUCUUCAGUGUAAGUAAACAUACAAAUAAGAAGCACUUCUGUCUACACUGUCUUCAUAGUUGUGUGAGCAAAGAGGUACUGGAGAAGCAUAAGGAAACAUGUCUGGAGGUAAAUGGAACUCAGGCUGUAAAUCGUCCCAAGGAAGGGACAAAAAUCAAGUUCAAAAAUCACAGGAACUCAAUGCCUGUACCGUUUGUGAUAUACGCUGAUUUUGAGUCCAUACUAGUACCAGAGGAGAGAAAAGUGGAGUCAGAAAACCCUGAGGACAAAAGUAGUACAGACCUUUACUAG